UUUUUAAAUUAUUCAUGAAAUAUCAUUUUAUUUCAUUCUGACUCCAUCUAUCCGAACAAAGUUUCAUUUCCAUUUGUCCAAACAAAAUCUUAGUGCUAUAUUUUCUGCUACAUUUUGCUGAUGGAUUUUCUUGCAGUUAUAAUCUCGUCGUCAUCACCACAAUCAAAGAAGUAAUAAUUUCGGCCGUGGAAGUGGAAGGUUCUGCCCAAUUCUCCAGCGGUUAGUUUUCAUAUAAACUGCAAAUUUCGAUACCAAAUUAUUUCUAGACCCUUCAUAUUUAUAACUUCCCAAUCCAAAAAGUGUCAUUUUUUACUAACCCUUAUUCACUAUAUUUAUUCUCUGGACGACUAUGCACUUGUUGAACUGUUUUUUACUUCAUAAUAUUGCAUGUAUUGAAGUUAAUCGAUAACCCAAACGCCAAAAGUUUCCACCUUUUGGUUCUGUUAAAAUGAAACUAACCUUAACCAAUCACACCUUCUCAACAAUCUUGAACUCUUCUUUUAUCAAUCUGAGAAGACCCUUUUGUUCUGCAUCAGUAUUUUCAUCAUCUGCACCCAUUUCUGUUAAACCCCAAGUUCCAAUCUUUCUGAGGCCACCCAUUUACUCAACGAAAUUGAGUGACCUCAAAAAAUGGCAUAACUGGGCAAAAACUGUUGCUUCUUCAAUUGGGUCAGCUUUUGUGCAAUCAGAUAAUGGACCAGACUCAGAGAUUUUGUGCAGGGAACUCAAGUGGUUCAUUGAGGACGUUGUCGAGGAUAAACACUCGCUUUUUUCCGAAAUGGGCGAUGGUAAUGAGAGAGUGAAAAUGAGGGCUGAUAUAGAGGAGUUAUAUUGUUUGUGGAAGCAAAGGAUUGAAGAGAGGAGGCCUUUUCAGUAUGUAGUGGGUUGUGAGCAUUGGAAGGACUUGGUUUUGAGUGUUCAAGAAGGGGUUUUGAUUCCUAGACCCGAGACCGAACUUAUUGUUGAUUUGGUUUCUGAUGUUGUGUCGAAGAACGAGGAUUUGAAAAGAGGGGUUUGGGCUGAUUUCGGGACGGGAAGUGGCGCGCUUGCUAUUGGCAUUGGUAGGGUUUUGGGAAAUGGCGGAAAGGUUAUUGCAUCCGAUUUAAGUCCGGUCGCUGUUGCUGUUGCUGCUUACAAUGUUCAGAGGUACUGCUUGGAGGACAAAAUUGAAGUAAGGGAAGGAUCUUGGUUGGAACCAUUGAAGGAUAUGGAAGGAAAGCUUGCAGGUCUUGUAAGCAACCCACCUUAUAUACCUAGUAAAGAUAUCUCUGGUCUACAAGCUGAAGUCGGUAAACAUGAACCUAGAGUUGCAUUAGAUGGAGGCAUUGACGGCAUGGACGCUCUUCUCCAUCUUUGUGACGGGGCCGAUUUAAUGUUGAAACCCGGCGGAUUCUUUGGCUUUGAGACAAAUGGUGAGAAGCAGUGCAGGGAACUAGUUGAUUACAUGAAAAGUAACAGAAGUGCAAGCUUAUGCAAUUUGGAAAUAAUUGCUGAUUUUGCUGGUAUUCAAAGAUUUGUAAUUGGAUUCCAUCGAUAAGCAAUUUGAAUUACAAAAUACAUUUUUCUAAACCGAUGUAUUUUCCGCCGACAAUUGCAGAGAUUAAUUCUUUAAAGUAGUUGAGAUCAAUCACUUGUAUCAUAUCAUGUUGUCUAUGACCUUGAGACCUAUUUUAAAUUUUUAAUGAGUUAUUUGUGAAAUAAAUAUAAAUAAA